AUGGAUGCAAAUGGGUUUGUAGAUGAAAAGAAUGAGAGCAGAUUAUAUGUUGGAAACUUGGAUCUUAGAAUAAACGAGGCUGCGUUGAUAAACAUGUUUUCUCCAUACGGUAAGAUCAUAUCAGAAGACUUCCUUUGGCACACACGUGGUCCAAAGAGAGGAGAGCCACGCGGCUACGCUUUCAUCCAAUACAACCGUAAAGAGGUAAUUGUUGCAGCGGGAUAA